UCUUUGGAAAUUUCUUCUCUAGCAAUAUGCUGCCAACCACUUCAGUUAAUUCUCGGAGCCAGGGCAACGGUGCACUGAGUCCCAGAGAUGCGGCGAGGCACACAGCUGGGGCUAAACGCUACAAAUACCUGCGGAGACUCUUCCACUUCCGACAGAUGGACUUUGAGUUUGCACUUUGGCAGAUGCUUUACUUGUUUACUUCACCGCAGAGGGUUUAUAGGAACUUUCACUACAGAAAACAGACAAAGGACCAGUGGGCAAGAGAUGAUCCUGCCUUUUUAGUGCUUCUCAGUAUCUGGCUCUGUGUGUCUACUGUAGGAUUUGGAUUUGUGCUGGACAUGGGGUUUUUUGAAACAAUAAAGCUGCUACUUUGGGUUGUAUUCAUAGACUGCGUAGGCGUUGGCCUCCUGAUUGCAACUCUAAUGUGGUUCAUUUCUAAUAAAUACUUGGUGAAGCAGCAGAACAGAGACUAUGAUGUGGAGUGGGGGUAUGCCUUUGAUGUUCAUCUGAAUGCUUUCUAUCCACUUCUAGUCAUUUUGCAUUUUAUCCAGCUGUUUUUCAUCAACUAUGUCAUCAUAUCCGAUUCUGUGAUUGGGUAUUUUGUUGGGAAUACAUUAUGGCUGAUUGCAAUUGGCUAUUACAUCUAUGUGACAUUCCUAGGAUACAGUGCACUGCCCUUUUUGAAGAACACAGCCAUUCUUUUGUAUCCAUUCGCACUUCUCAUCAUGCUCUAUUUGAUCUCAUUAGCAUGUGGAUGGAACUUCACGAAGAUGCUUUGUUCCUUUUAUAAAUACAGAGUGAAAUAAACCCAGGACUUCAUGUAUCUAAUGUUUCUUUUGGUUUUAUCUUAGCUGUUCUGACAGUAAAGAAAAAGUUAAGAAACAUUUUGUAAAUGGUUGUAAAUUUCUCUUUAUUGUAGAUAAUUAUGUAAAAAAGUUUGAAGUGUCUUUUUUAUUAAAAUAUUUACAACAGUAAACAUGUUAGCAAUUUUGUUCAAAUACUUUUGCAGUACAUUCCUAAAAACAAGUUACUUGUACAUCUCCAUAGCUUCAAUUUAACUGCAACAAGUCUAUUUAGCAUAACUCUUACUGCAGAUAUUUUGCACAUACUGGCAUAAGCUCUACAUUAGGAGGGGUUUAAUUGACACAAAAAAGCAGUUUUAUUUAAGAAUAAUAUUGGAAUACCUCACCUUAUGACUGUGUGAGAGUAUGGAUCUUAAUUGUGUUGCAGUGGUAAAGCAACAACACUCUCUAGCUACAGAACUGUCCUUUCCUCUUAUGAAAGAACUUGAGAACAGAUUUAAUGAUUACUUCAGAAAUAUACAUGGACAACUCUGGCACACAGAAGAAACUGUGAUGAAAGGCACAAUUAACAUGACCCAUAUCAGGUUUCCCAAUAUAGCAGCAAGUUUUUAAACCCAAUCUCUAGAAGUCCUGUGGGCAUUAUUACAUCCACCAUUAAGAGUGGCAAGCCAGUGAACAUGAAAGGGAUGUACAAGUUUAGUUUGGCUACAAGGGUGGGCUCGUGGCAAUACCUGCAGCUGUGAAGUCCACAAGGCAGGAGUAUAAGCUGACCAUCACAAACAAUACCUUCUGGAAAAUCAAGAUGACAGCUUUCCAGAGCAGUAUUCAGUAUGAAACAUAAGCACUAGGAUUCAGUUUCCAGAACAAUGCAACAGUAAACUGGUUACAGUAAGACUUAAUAUUUCGAUACUAGAAUUUGAUCUCUAGGGAAAAAACUAUAUCUUAAAAUACCAAAUAUGCUGGCAGUGCGUGUUUCAGCCACUGUUAAGGCUUGAAGAGAAUCAUGUUCCCCCCUCAGCAAAUGCUGAGCAACGUUCCCCUUCUCAUGAUCAGGAAAGCACUGAACUGCUGAUCCACAGAAGGCCAAGGAUUUCAGUCAGGACCUGCUCCUACCCUGGCUAAUGGCACAAGCUCCUGUCCUGCAGGCAGCUGCAGCCUAUCUGUACUCCUCUUCGCUAACGAGAAUCCUAGCACCAGUGGUCACCCACUUCAGUUCAACAGUAAAAAUACUUCAUAUUUAGUGCCCUGUAGUGCAAUACCAUUGAAAUCAAUGAAUUACUCAAGGUACACAGGCCCUCCCUUUAGAGAUACCAAAGUUUGUCCCCUUGAAAGAAGGCUUCAUCGUUCUCAAAAUUAAGCUACUUUGAGUUCUAGCAGCUCACUGUUUACAGCAGAAAUCAGCAAAACCCUUAAGAGACCACCAAGGUCAGAAAAGUGAUUCACAAAGAUGAAUUCAUCAGGUCUGCAUGGAGUGUUUUUUACAUCAGCAAUCAAUACUAGCCUAGAAACACCAGUUAUUUAAUAGCCUUUCAGCAUUAUGCUGGUGAUUGUAAAUGUGAUUUAAAAACAAGGGUUUUUUUCCCUUUCUACUGCAGUUACUUGCUUUAGCUUUUUCAGAAUACAUCCUUCCUAGUAAUAACAAAUAGAGAACCUAGGGUUAAUUAAUUUAAUGGGAGCAAGGUUUUAAGAGAUUUAAAUUUCUUUUUUUCUCCCCACAAGACUGAAAUAGUAUUUUCCAAGUUGGAAGCAAACUACAAAUUACUACAAUGCUUCAUCUGGAGCCUGUAUUUCCAACAAAAAGCAGAGAUUACCAAAAUGAUAAUAUACUUAAGAAAAAAAAAAUUAUGCAGUUGUUCAAUUUUGUCAAAGACUAAUUACACUCCAGCUUAUAAAGGAAUCAUGUAUAACAUGGGCAAAGUAUAAAUUGCUUUGCUUUAAACUGACUCUUUACUUUACUAUACUUUAAAUAAAGGUAUUUAAAAACUGCUUUUGAAACAGCUAGAUAAGCAGUGAUAUGACAGAAGAGUCCAGUCUUCUAUUGGUCCACAAAUCAUAUGUUCGAAAUUUUCUAAGCCAUCUUUCAGUUAAGAAAAAACAAAUGCAUCUGUAGGAAUAUUUUCUGUCAAUGCAAAUACAUGUUUGAGAUGUCUGCAAAAGCGCAAAGCCUACUCAGUGCUUUAGAAGCACUCUUGAAUAAAAAAAAAUUAAAAGUGCUAAUUUGGGAUCACAUCCUGUUCACAUUAUUUACAAAGUUUUCAGUAGGACUACCCCCUGAAUGACCAAAGCACGAUUAUACUGACAGUCACAUUUUCUUGUUCCAGAGUAAUCCUGAUCAGCUCAGAAAAGCCAGUGCUCAUAUCAGCUGGCCUGUUUGGCAACCACUAUAAGAAGAAUAAUUUGCCUCAAUAAUUAAGGUUUCUGCUAAUGCCUUAGGUUUCACAGAAUUUCUCUUUUCUGAAGCUUUAACAGCUUCAGAAGGAGCUAACAGGAUCAUAGCAGUUUAUUUUAAAACACUUUCCAUUAUUUGAUUACUAUAAGAUUCAGUGGCCUAGAGAGGAUUUUUAAAGCCACAACAAAAAUAACUUGAAAAUAAAUAUAAAUAGG